GCGUUGGAGGUCUUGAACGCAGCCCUCUGCGUCCGUCUCUCCCGAAAUGCAUUGUGGGCCGCGGUGUCGGUGGAAAGCUUCUCGAAGGAACUGCAAAGAUGAUGCCCACACCUGUUAUCCUGCUGAAGGAGGGGACAGACUCUUCUCAGGGCAUUCCCCAGCUCAUCAGUAACAUCAAUGCCUGCCAGGUCAUUUCUGAGGCUGUCAGGACCACCCUGGGGCCCAGAGGGAUGGACAAACUGAUGGUUGAUGGCAGAGGAAAGGCCACAAUCUCUAACGAUGGUGCCACCAUCCUGAAACUGCUGGACGUGGUUCACCCUGCUGCCAAGACCCUGGUAGACAUUGCCCGCUCCCAGGAUGCUGAGGUAGGAGACGGCACCACCUCCGUCACUCUCCUGGCUGCUGAGUUCCUGAAGCAGUUGAAGCCGUACGUUGAGGAGGGCCUCCACCCUCAGACCAUUAUCAGAGCGUUCCGCACCGCCACCAACCUCGCUGUUAACAAGAUCAAGGAGAUCGCUGUCCCUGUGAAGAAAGACGAUAAGCAAGAGCAGAGGCACUUGUUGGAGAAGUGUGCAGCCACAGCCAUGAACUCCAAGCUCAUUGCUGGUCAGAAGGACUUCUUCUCCAAGAUGGUGGUGGACGCCGUCAUGUCUCUGGAUGUGCUGCUGUCUCUCAAGAUGAUUGGCAUCAAGAAGGUCCAGGGAGGAGGCCUCGCGGAUUCCCAUUUGGUGGAUGGGGUUGCGUUCAAGAAGACAUUCUCCUAUGCUGGGUUUGAGAUGCAGCCCAAAAACUACGAGAAUCCAAAGAUCGCUUUGCUCAAUGUGGAGCUGGAGCUGAAGGCAGAGAAGGAGAACGCCGAAGUCCGUGUGAAGAAUGUGGAGGACUACCAGGCCAUUGUGGAUGCAGAGUGGAACAUCCUGUACGACAAACUGGAGAAGAUCCAUCUGUCAGGAGCCAAGGUGGUUUUGUCAAAGUUGCCGAUUGGUGAUGUGGCCACUCAGUACUUUGCUGACAGAGACCUGUUCUGUGCUGGCAGAGUGCAGGAGGAGGAUCUGAAGAGGACCAUGAUGGCAUGCGGGGGCUCCAUUCAGACCUCAGUUAGCAGCAUGACGGACGAUGUCCUGGGACAGUGUGACAUCUUUGAGGAGGUCCAGAUUGGAGGAGAGAGGUAUAACAUCUUCAAAGGAUGCCCAAAGGCGAAGACUUGCACCAUCAUCCUGAGGGGCGGAGCGGAACAGUUCACAGAGGAGACAGAGAGAUCUCUGCACGAUGCCAUCAUGAUCGUACGCAGAGCCAUCAAGAACGACUCCGUUGUUGCGGGUGGAGGAGCCAUUGAGAUGGAGUUGUCAAAGUACCUGCGGGAUUAUUCCAGGACCAUCCCUGGAAAACAGCAGCUGUUGAUCGGCGCGUACGCCAAGGCCCUGGAGAUCAUCCCCAGGCAGCUCUGUGACAACGCCGGCUUUGACGCCACCAACAUCCUGAACAAACUGCGGGCCAAACACGCACAGGGUGGCAUGUGGUACGGCGUGGACAUCAACAACGAGGACAUAGCAGACAACUUUGUGGCCUGUGUCUGGGAGCCGUCCAUCGUGCGGAUCAACGCUCUGACAGCAGCGUCUGAGGCCGCCUGCCUCAUCCUGUCAGUUGAUGAGACGAUCAAGAACCCCCGCAGCUCUAUGGAUGGACCUCCUGGUGGCGGCAGGGGCAGAGGUCGUGGUAGACCCCAUGCUCACUAAGGCAGCAAGAAGAAAAACCCCAUUUGAAACUGGCAUUAAAAUCUAAAUGCAGGGAGACGGUUGAGGUACAUUUAAACUAAGAUUGUGUUAAAUGUGUCUCUAUGGGUUUGACCUGAAUUUUGAUUUGAAUUCUAGAUAAAAUGAGGUUUUGUAACCAGUCGUACACGUUUGCGAAUGACAGGUGUAGUGAAACAAGCCCAACGGGGGGAGAGAGAAGUUCAUCCUUCAAUUUCAUGACAGAUUCUUUGGCUGGGUCCAAGAUGGCCGACUUCUCUUGUGUCCAUCUGUAGAUAUUUUUUUUUGCCAAGCUUUGACUAGCUGUUAGACAUUUAACGCACUGUCUGCUUCCACCUGUGGCCAUGUUACUGGGAAAUGAUUGUGAAAUACAAGAAUAAUAUCGAAUCCCCCCCGUUGGUUUUGAACAAACACACUCCUGUCCCUUCGAGGUCGGCUCUUCCUCUUUGACCUGAAGGAGCCAUUCUGUCAGUUCUAAUCUGGUUUGUUAUUUUCUGUUACGUGACAACUGUGUAACAUGAGAAAUUGAGCACUGAUGUAGUACAGUUCUGAACCAUUCAUUGUAUGCGCUGUGGGAAACUAUUUAUUGGACCAUUCUUAUCAAUAAAUUCACAGCUGAAAUCAAA